ACUGGAAAAGUUACAAAGUGUCAAAAGGCGAAUUUUAGCCGACCCGUCCGAAGUGGUCGCCGUUCCUAAAAUAUUUCUAUAAAACUCCUAUUUCGGGCAACCUUACAUUAUUUUCUGUUAUUUUUCGUUUAUUUCUAUAGCGCUUCUUUAAAUAAAGUAACAGAUAUGUCGUCGAUGCAGGCAGCCGAAGAAAUCGACGAAGCGAAAGAACGGGCUCACUUUCGAGCAGUGGUGACCGCUUUUAAAUACUAUAAACUAUGCAGCCUCGACAGGAUACACAAAUCUGAAAAGAUAAUAUCGACACUGCCUGCCUCGCACCAGCGGAGGCUCGGCAAAUACAAGACGUACUUGACCAAAUUCAAGAAAUGUUUGGACGUUAACAACAGCAUAGUACACAUGAUAAUUAAGGAUGUGGACACUAUGUUCGAGAAUGUGGAUCAUAGCGUGGAUAGCAACGGAGCGAACGGCACCGAGAGCUUCGGAUGCAAUUAUAAUAACUGUGAGAUAGCCUCGCACAAGCAACAUAAGAUGCAGCACGAUGUUGAGAAGGUACAGUCCGUGCUCAAGAACAUCGUGCGCGACUGGAGCGAGUUGGGCGCUCCGGAAAGACUGCAGUGCUACAAGCCUAUAUUGGAUGAGAUCGAUGAGAGAUACCCCGAGGAAGAAGUUAGAAACCGCAGUCACAUAAAAAUAUUAGUCCCAGGCGCGGGACUAGGACGGCUCGCGUGGGAGAUAGCGGCCAGGGGAUUUACAUGCCAGGGGAAUGAGUUCUCACUGUUCAUGCUGUUUGCUAGCAACUUCAUACUCAACCGAUGUGAUGAGAUAAACCAGUACACGGUCCACCCGUGGGUACACCAGCACGUGAACAACCUGACCUGCUGCCACCAGCUGCUGGAGGCCCGGUUCCCCGACGUCACGCCCUCGGCGGAGAGCCCCGGCCGCCACUUCUCCAUGACCGCCGGGGACUUCCUCAAGGUAUACACGGAACCGGACGAAUGGCAUUGUGUGGCGACCUGCUUUUUCAUAGACUGCGCACCCAACGUCAUAGAGUUUAUAGAGAGAAUAUACAGCAUACUACAGCCGGGCGGGUAUUGGAUCAAUUUGGGACCACUUCUGUACCAUUACAGUGACACGCCCACUGAGAACAGUAUUGAACCGCCGUAUGACAUUCUACUGGACAUCAUACGGGACAUCGGAUUUGAUAUAUUAAAAGAGAAGACUGGUGUCAAAACGAAAUACGCUCAGAAUCCGAACUCUAUGAUGCAACACGAGUACGACUCUGUUUUCUUCGUUUGCAGGAAACCUUAUUGUGUUUAGAUUGAAACUAUUUAUGUAUGUAACCCAAUGACAUAUAAUGGUAUAGAUACCGCAAGAAUUUUGUCGAAAAGGGCGUAUAAUGGUACAACUAAAUAUAUUAUUCGCGUUCAUAUAAAAUACUAGCUGUGCCCGCGACUUCGUCCGCGUGGAAUAGUUAUUUUGGGCAUCAUUGAGCCCUCAAGGAUGAAUAAUUUCCUCGUUUUUAACACAUUUUACAUUAUUUCUUUGCUCCUUAUAGUUGCAGCGUGAUGUUAUAAAAAUAUUUUUUCAUUUCAAACCAGUAGUUCCUGAGAUAAGCGCGUUCAAACAAACAAACUCUUCAGCUUUAUAAUAUUAGUAUAGAUUUUUAUUUGUAGCCCAUUGACAUUAUAAAAGUGUAGGUAAAGCAAGACUGGUCGAAAUGGUGAAUAAUAGGAAGCGAGGAUUUUAAUUCGCGCUUUGUUCGCAGGAAACCUUGUCGUGUUUAUAUUGAACUAUUUAUGAAUAGCUACUGGCAUGCAAAGGUACGCAUGCCUUUGGUUGAAAUAAUUUAAAAAAAAAGAAUAUUUACACAUCUAUGGAAAAAUAUUUUUGAGCGCGUUUUGUUUGCAAACAACCUUAUUGUGUUAACAAAUUGUGUGCAUAAUCAACCGAUAUGUAAAAGGUGUAGAUAAACCAAGACUUUGGUCGAAAAGGGUGAAUAAAGGUUCACUUAAAAAUUUUGUUUGCGUUUUCAUAAUAUAAUAUUUGUAUGAAACCCAUUGACAUAAAAAGAAAUAGAUAACGCAACGCAAGUCAACAUUGGACAAUAAGGUGAAUAUAAUUGAAAGACAUUUAUUUUUAUUUGCGAUAUGUCUACAGAAAAACUUAUUGUGUUUAGAUUUAAUUACUUAUUUAUGUAACCCACUGACAUAUAAAGGUAUAGAUAACGCAAGACGUUGGUCCAAAGGAUGAAUAAUGAUUGAAGAUACAUACAUAUGGUCACGUCUAUAUCCCUUGCGGGGUAGACAGAGCCAACAGUCUUGAAAAGACUGAAUGGCCACGUUCAGCUAUUUGGCUUAAUGAUAGAAUUGAGAUUCAAAUAGUGACAGGUUGCUAGCCCAUCGCCUAAAAGAGGAAUCCCAAGUUUAUAAGCCUAUCCCUUAGUCGCCUUUUACGACAUCCAUGGGAAAGAGAUGGAGUGGUCCUAAAUAUUCCCUGUUUAAAGUACAUGUGCGUGUAGCCCACUGACAUAUUAAGGUAACGCAAGUCAACUUUUGUCGGAAUGGUUUUUACAGAAGGUUCUUUCUAUGCGUUUUUAUGAGAUUGACGUAAAUACACUUUUUUUUGCUUUAGAUGACUCUUUGAAAAUUGUGUUAUAUGAUUAUAUAACACAAUUUUCAAAGAGUCAUCUAAAAUGGCUUAUGAAUAGAAACGCGUGCGCAAUUUGUCUAUUUUAUAGUCUUCAUUGGUUAUAGAGCCUUUGAGACGAAGUGGUGUUCUACUUUAUUACAAGGCCUAAAGGCUUUGUUUGACUGUAUGUAGGAGCUCUCAGAUAUAAAAGUACACGUUUAUAAAUGUAAUAUUUGAUAUAAUCCGCCCCAUAGAUAUGUGCAGUGCCGGCCCUACCUGUGAUGUUAGCAGGGCGACAGUUGCUUUUGACGCCCUUUUUUCGUUCACAAUUUUUAACGUAAUUUUGGUUAGAAUAAUAGUGAAAUGUAAGUAAUAAAUCGAAAUGUGUCGAUUAUUAUUAUUUACAUAAAAAAUGUGAGUUUGUAUGUGAUUUAAUCUGCGCCAUCUAGUGGUAACGCGAUGGCAUUAAUACAAUUCCAUACAAAUUCGCGUUUACUCGCACCGACCUCCUAUUUAGGCAUAUAAUAUUUAGACGAAUUUGGUAAUUAAUGCUUUUUAACCCACUUCAAAAAGAUUCAUCAUUCCUUUGUGAUUUCUCAAUCUAUUGUUAAUGUUAGAAUGUUUUAAAUUUAUAAUUUAUAAACGUACAAAAAUGUGAUUUUUGUAAAUUAAAAAAUGUAAAUACAUACAUACAUUUGAAAAUACUUAAAUUUAUUCACAUAAAUAAUUAAAAAGGCCUAGACGAACGUAUCUUGAUCAGAUUGGGGACGUCCUGGGGCAAGAUCAGGUCAAGAGUAUCCUAAACCGACGAGCUUGCAUGAAGAGUUAUGAAAAUGGAUAAAAGGAAAGACGUAUGCAAGAAUAGGUAUGAUGACAAGUAAUGUGUUAUGUGCUUCGUUAUAUCUCAGGCAGUUUUUUGAAGAUUGAUGCGAAUAUUUCACUAAACAAAAAUUUGUCAUCAUGCCUAUUGUCUGAAAAAAAAAAGUAAGGGAAAAAGGAACAUUUAUUAUGUUUAUGGUCCGGCCCUAUCGUAUCUUACCUGCUUUUUUCAUCUUUGUUAGUAUUAGUAUACUGUUAUGUUCAGUAAAUGUGUAAUAAUGACUGUAUGUAAACUACUUUUUGAAAGAGAUGACUAUUUAAAAAAAAUAUCCUAAAAAAAUUAGGAAUAAAAAUGUAAUUUAUUUUACAUUUUGUUUUUUUUUUCACUUUCAAAGUAUGAAAAUUACCAGAGUAUUCAAAUUCAUUGUCAUUUUCCUUACAAAAUGGCAGCUUUAUAGUAAAACUAAUGUUCGCCCGCGGUUCCUCCCGCGUUAAACAAAAUAUUAUUUCCGUUCCACGGCAAUUUCGGGAAAUCUUUACAUGCUAAAUUUUACAUUUCGUGGUCCAGCGGUUUGAAUUGUCUUAACUCCGAAACAUAAGAUUUUCAUAUGAAGAUUAGCAAUUUAAUAUUAUUUUGAAUGAGUUUGAAUAUUCUUGUAAAAAUGUAUGUAUAAAGUAUUAAAUAAAAAUUAUGUCGCCUUGCGCCUAUAAACAGUAAUAAAUAUUGUGCUUUAGUUUCUGUCAAAGUAGCAGUAUUGGAUGAGGUAUUAAAUUAGUGUAAAAAAUAUAUUUGGAAAGAUAGAAUGUUAGAAAGUUGACUGUUUUCAUGUAUUAGAGGAGAGUAUUUUUUAAUUAUUAGAUAGGUUUGGAAUAAAUGUCACUAUCGUUUCUUUGUGCAACUCUGUCCUUUAUAAUGUUACUGUAAUUUUAACCCUCUGACAAAAAGACGACGGUGUGUUAUAUAUAGUUAAGUUUUACCUGUCCGUGGCAUCAUAGUUUAUGAAUAGAUGAACUGUUUCUUGUUUGAAGGAUAUCGAUCCAAGAUGGCCGCCGUCACAAAAUGUCGGAUGACAUAGUUUUGGUAACGACUCCCUCAAUAUGGGUAUCAAAUAAAAGGGUUUGAGUACAUAGUACAAUACUUAAUACUAUGACAAAAUUGUGUCAAGGGAUUUUAUAGUUUAUAAUAGUUAUUACACAUAUGAAUAUUUAUUUCGUCCAAAGGUCCACAAGAAGACUUAAAAAUAGUUACUGUAAGGUCUAAAAAGCGCAAGGCGAUAUUGUACAUCGCUGAAGACUUUUAGCUGUUAUGUUGUUUAGAGUAUACGUAAGUACAUGAGAUUAUAUUAUAAAUUUGUUUAUUGGA